AUGCCCAGCAUAACUACGCCAACACAGCAGCAGAAUCCAGCACAUGCGCUAAUUGCACGCUCGUCGACGAGUUUGUCGCCAACUGAGACACUCACGACGCCCGCGACGGCGUCUGGAAUCUUCCCUCGUACAGCAACGUCUUCUCUCAGGACGGGCAGUCCGCCGCGCGUCACUCAUGAAGUUUCACUGGGAAGUAGCGGCGAAGAGGGAGUGGACAGCAAUGAAGGAGAAGAAGGACAGUUUACCCCAAUCGAAAUUGACGAGACGUUUUCUGGCUCGCCGGGUCUACGAUGGCCAGGAAAUAUCAAGAUUAUUGUCCAGGCCACGACAUUCUGGGCACAUAGAGAUAUACUUGUAUUUGCCUCGCCAUUUUUCGACGCAGCAUUGAGUGGAAGUUGGUCGGAAACCAAAGCGCGUCCUGUAUCCACGUCGUCAAUUAUCACUAUUCAGCAAACACCAUCUGUACAUGGGCAACAGCUCGCCACUGCGUUUGAAGAAAGCGAACCAUCUGUGACAAUUACCGCUGGCCCAGAUGAACAGACCACAAACGACCUUGCCGAGACGUCGGAAAACGAGAGCAGUUUCUUCUCUGUUCGCAUCAGCCCAUCGUCGGACAGCGAGAACGAACAUUCAGACGAGGCACAAGGGCGUGUGCGCUCCUCUUCAUCUUCACGUGAAGGUGGAGAUGAGGACGAAGGAGAGACAGAGGAAGCCAAGACCCUUUCCGCAGUAGAAGAGGCCGAGAAGGACGCCGCGCGAAUUUCCUCUUUGGAUAAACUGCAAGGGAGAAUACCACCUGCGAUUCCGCACCCUUCACGACUGCCUGGGUCAAAGAGUCCAAAGAAGAAAGCCUACCGUCGUUCACGCGUCCCAGAGGGCGUUAUCAUUCUCAAGGAAGAACGAGCGACUAUAUUUCACGACUUUUUAAAGUUUAUUUAUCCGCAUCUCGAAUGUACCAUUACUUGGAAGAACGUUGAAGGGCUCAUGAACAUUUCCGACAAGCUCUGCGUGCCUUCACUUCAGAAUGCAUGCUUACAGUUUCUGCUGUCGCAUGCAGCUGGCAAACCUAUCAAAGCGAUGCGGAUUGCCGAGAUUUUUGGACAAGAGGAGCUCUAUCGGGAGGCGAGUCGCUUUGUCUUGGAAGACCUCUAUGGAUGGUCCGAGGAAGAGUUGAACACACUCUCCAAGGACACGCUGCUCAAGCUCGAGAAACGGCGAAAUUGGUUCCUUGAACGUGUUCUCAAGCUUGGAACCGUCUCCAUUGCAAAGGAAUACCAGUGUUGUGCGACGUGUCCAGACCCCUCAAUUUGCGCUCGUCAACUGGAGGAGAGGUGGAAGGCAGGGUACAUGGCCCUGUUCCGUUUUGGCCCCGCACAGCCGUCAAUGGUGUUUCGUUAUCUGCGUUCGCUCGAAGGCGGGUCCCCUCCUCUGGCCCUGACCCAUCUCAGUUGUCAAAUGCAUGCGAAGACGUGGGUGGAGAAUUUGUUCGACCGGAUGUUUAGCCUGGGCGUCCGCGGUGCAGAACCCCCCGCGCUGACAACGCGUGUAGGAAGCGUAACACCGUCUCAAGGACUGCGACGGAACUUUUUGUACUGCACCCUCAUGCCUGAGCCGAGUGCGAGCCGGAACAUUAGCAAACACGCCACAAACUCGGCACGAGAUCGUCAGACGAGAGGAAGUAGUCUUUAUUGA